AUGGCCUCCGACGACCGCAUCACGUUGGUCGAUGACGCCUCCAUCAUCUGCGAAGACGUCGUCAACGCGCUCUUCAGCCACGAGACGCGCUAUCACCACAGCAAGAUCGCCGGCCUCGUCUCCGCCAUCUCCGAUCAGGUGGUGCAGCGGCUGACGCAGGAGGCGAAGCUGCCGCGCAAAUACGUCGUCCUCGUCACGAUCCUGCAGAAAAAUGGCGCUGGCGCGCAGAUGAUCUCGUCAUGCUCAUGGAACCCAACGAGUGACGCGUGCUACGUGUAUAAAGCGGAGAACAAAGCCAUGUACUGUAUCAUUACGGUCUACGGUGUCACCGUGUAG